AUGGCCUCCAACGUAGGCUCCUACACCAACCCGCUCAAGAAGUUCAAGCUAGUCUUCUUGGGCGAACAAUCAGUGGGCAAGACCUCCCUCAUCACCCGCUUCAUGUACGACUCCUUCGACAGCACCUACCAAGCCACCAUCGGCAUCGACUUCCUCUCCAAAACAAUGUACCUCGAAGACCGCACGGUGCGGCUGCAACUCUGGGACACCGCGGGGCAAGAACGCUUCCGGUCGCUCAUCCCCUCCUACAUCCGCGACAGUUCCGUCGCCGUGGUCGUCUACGACAUCACGUCGACGAAAUCCUUCCAACAGACCCGCAAGUGGGUGGACGACGUGCGGGGGGAGCGGGGCAACGACGUGAUUAUUGUGUUGGUGGGGAACAAGACGGAUCUGAGCGAGAAGAGGGAGGUUACGGCGCAGCAGGGCGAGGAGGAGGCGAAGCGGUUGGGGUGCAUGUUUGUGGAGACGAGUGCGAAGGUGGGGCAUAAUGUUAAGGGGUUGUUUAAGAAGAUUGCGCAGGCGUUGCCUGGGAUGGAGGGCGAGGCGCAGCAGGGGGUUGCGAAUACUAUUGAUGUCAACGUUAACGCACCCAAGCCGGAGAGUGAAGGCGGAUGCAACUGCUGA